UCCAUUUUUUCGAUUCAAUCUCACUGCCAGAGACGAGUUCUCAAUGCAAACAUUUAUUAUAACGAAUGAUAUACACACUUCCCGAAGCAAAAAGAACUGUCUAAUUUGAAUUGUCUAAUGUUUUCGGAACGCUACCCAGCAUCUGCCAAAUUCAAACAUUUGAAAUGACAACCAUUCCAACUACUAUGUGCCGAACGAACCGUAUAAACAAACUUCUAACAAGAACUUCGAUUUGUGUAUGUGUUUCACAUUAGGAGCGUGAUUUUGGCACGAACUUCUCUUUCAUCGCAUACAACGCAACACAACACAACAGACUCAUUUGUUAUUGUUAUGUUUGUUGCGUUUGUUUAUUUGAUCCCGUUAUCCGAGCAUGUAUUGAGUUUCUAUAUCGGAACCGAUUAAACAUGAAUUUCAUCACGAAAUGAGUAGAGUUGUUGCGUUAUUCAUCAUGGCCCGUGGAGCCUGUGGAGCUCGCGGUGGAAGCGAUGAGAGAUUCACAACAGUGAAACUGGCUCUACGAACAAUCAUCCAAAAACCGUAUCGGCUGAUUUUGACAACAGUGAUUGGGGAAAUGAGCAUCAUGGCGACGCUAAUCUCACUUUUGGCAUCGCUCUAUUUUCUAUAUCUGGUUAAUACGGCGGUCGAUGAAUUCAACAACGACUUUUUCAACAGCAAUGGUGAUGAAAUCAUCAAAAUGUGCUUCCAAGGUGUGCUCCGGCAAAACUACACCAAUGAUCGAAUGUUUAUGGUCCCAGGUUUCCGGCAAAUGGUUAUCAACCUUCUCGGCGAAUGGUUUCCUUGGCCAACGAACAGAUUUUUCGGCAAUACAUUCAAAUACCUGUACGAGCAAUAUGCCACAAACGUCAAGACCAACCUCAAAACGCAUUGCGAAAAGCGUUUGAGAAAGUUCUUCAAAAUGCGUUGCUACGAAUUGAACCACAUGUGUCUGUGUGGAGAUCUCGAGCUGGACGAAUUAUUCGAUGGUGACGACAUCAAAAAUGCCAUCAACUACACAUACAACCGAAGAGAUUCAACGCGUGGCAAUACAAAUGCCAUACGGAAAUUGGAAAUACUGUUGGCCGAGCUGUAUUGGAUUGGAGCACCUUACAGACCAGAUGAUCCACACCCAUUCAACAUCAAAGAAUUCGUUGAACUCAAUUGGUUCCAAGCAUUGCGCAUGUUCGUUAAUAUACAGCGCGAUAUUCAUAACUUUCACCUCGCGUUUGCCAAUCUACGCCGAAGUUGGAAUCUGUUCCGAAAACAUCCGCUCUAUGUGCAAGAGCCAGAAUUUCCAGAGCCGCCUGAAAUCACCACCUUCACAGUCAUUCCGAAGUGCACAUUCCAGCGCCGGCACGUGAAAAUUGAUACGGAUUCAUUGUACAAUAUUUUAUGUGGCAUUAAGGCAAUGAAGCGAGAAGAUGGUCUUCGAGUCAACAAGAAAGGCGAAGUCCUCCAGCGCUACAUCUCACAGACUAAAUUUAAAAGAAUUGGAAGCUGGCGUUCGUAUUUCAACAUGGACGAAAUUAUCAAGCUGGUCAAGAAUAAGAAGGAAUUCGGCGAUUCGAUAAUAUCAGAUGGUGUGUCAGCGUCGGUGUUAUUCAAAUUGCCGAAACAGAGCAAAACUGUUGCUGAUGAAGAUGAGGCCGAAACCAAACGAAAAUAUUUCGCAGGCGAAUUCGCGUAUGCAUUGGGAAUUGAUCCAGGCAUGCGAACCUUUAUUGCGUCGGUCCGCCUCGAUCUAAAGACCGGCGAAGAGACCAACGAGAAGAUUUCGUUCAAACAAUACCAUCUGAAAUCGAAACAAGAUGCGCGCAACAUUAAAGCCGAACGAAUGACACGAGUCUUCACGUAUGACGAACAAGCGGACCUCAAACGUAUCGCCGCAGAGAUUGGCCAGACACCAUCGCCACGGAACAUCUCUUGGCGCCAUUACAUCGAACAUCGCCUGCGAAUGUCCCAAGAUGGUAUCGCGGCAUACAGUCAGAAAAACUAUGCACGCUUACGUUUGGACAAACACAUUGAAUGGCGUCGUGCAAUUGAUCUCAUCGCCGGUAAGCUGGUACAUUUCAAGACAGCUAUCUUCAACAUCGAAGCAGCCGAAAUUUCACCAAAUUGCCCGAUCCGAAUCAAAAAGUACGUGCGUUGUCCAGGCGUUCGCAAGCUGAUUGCAGCCUUCAAAAGACGUGGCAAUUGUGUUGUUCGGUUAGUGGAUGAAUACAUGACAUCGCAACAUUGUGCCCGAUGCUUCAAACGGUUCCCGAUAUGGACGAAGAGCAAACGAUACAAGAAGUGCAACGAUUGCCAACCAGAUGAACGUGUUGGACUUCCGAGAACCAUCUAUACGAACGUGUGCAAACGAGUGUUGCAAAUGCAACGGAAAAUCAUGCUGCUGAAAACGCUGGAACAGAAGACGCUGCACAAUCACGCAAGUUGCUCAAAUCACUUUGGCAUCGGGACAUAUCAGCAGCCAAACUGAUCAUGUACAAAAGUUCAUUAUCUAUUAAUAUUUCAUUUGAAAAUUGGAAUCGAUUUGAUUUUCGCUUAAAUUAAUUGUUAUUUGUGUGCUUGUUUUCUAUUUACUUAGGUCUUUGCACGCUGCUUGACAUUCCGAUACAUCCAGCAUUGCUGCGACGACCAGAUGACGACGGCGUUCCACUCAAUCCAUAAAUCAAAAUCCAGCGUUUAGCAUUAAAGUUUUUUUUUAACAAAUAUCUUCUAAUAGUUUAUUAGAGUUCUCAAGCCUUGCACUUAGUGGGCUAUUUUAAGGUUUAUAAGGUGUCUAACUUUAUUUACCGCAGUACAUGAGUGGUUUUAUAGACGUUAUUUGAUGAUCAGAAUGAGUCGUGUUCAUUUUCCGGUUUGACAAUGUCGCCGCAUUCUUUGGAUAUGACUUGUUCAAUGCAUCAUAUCACGAUUAUGAAAAACACCCUAAUGUACAUUGUACGCCCAUAACAAAAAUGAAAUUAUCUUCCGCAUUAAGCCCAACAGCAUGCAUUAAUUAAAAGAGCCAUAAAAAACAAUUGGUUUAAAUCAAUUUUCAAAAGACAUAUAUUUAGGAGAACUCUCAUUGAUAUUUUUUCUCAACUUUUUAGUUUUUUUAAUUCUUAAAACACAAAAUCAAAUACAGUUAAUUUGUUUGGGUCACGUAGCGCUAGCAAAGAGGGGAGCGAAGCAAUUCUGCUAAAUCAAAUUUACAACCAGUGAUUGGCAGUGUUAAAUAAAUAUGAAAAAAAACACAGUAAA